AUGACAAGAAAAAACAAGAUGUUCAAUAUAGAACCAACCAUCCUGGGCUUAAUUACCCAGUACCCUCGGCAACAACCUGACUUUUUCUUCCCACACCUUCUCUAUCCAAAGUUGGCUGAGUCUGUGGCAGAUGAAAUUGGCCUGAUCCCAUGUCCUGAAGCUAGGUAUAACCGGAGCCCCAUAGUCCUGGUUGAAAACAAACUUGGUGUGGAGAGCUGGUGUGUCAAGUUCCUUUUACCGUAUGUCCACAACAAGCUCAUUUUGUACAGAACAAGAAAGCAGUGGCUGAACAAAGAUGAACUGAUAGAUGUCACACGCACCCUGCUGCUUCUAAACCCAGACUUUACCACGGCAUGGAACGUGAGAAAAGAGCUGAUCCUCUCUGGCACUUUAAAUCCAAUUAAGGAUUUACAUCUGGGAAAACUGGCCUUAACUAAGUUUCCAAAGAGUCCAGAAACAUGGAUUCACAGACGAUGGGUGCUACAGCAGCUACUUCAGGAAACCUCCUUGCCUUCCUUUGUGACCAAAGGAAACUUGGGAACAAUUCCUGCAGAAAGGACACAGCGACUAAUACGAGAAGAGAUGGAAGUCUGUGGUGAAGCGGCAGGGAGAUACCCAAGCAACUAUAAUGCCUGGUCCCAUCGCAUCUGGGUUUUACAACACCUGGCCAAACUAGAUGUCAAGAUUCUUCUUGAUGAAUUAUCUUCUACUAAACACUGGGCAUCCAUGCACGUUUCAGACCACAGUGGAUUUCACUACCGCCAGUUUUUGCUGAAAUCUUUGACUAGCCAAACUGUGAAAGACAAUUCUGUGUUGGAGCAAAACCCUUUGAGAAGUGAGCCAGCCCUACUUCUUCCACAAGACGAAGCAGCAGCAGCUUCCACAGAGGAACCAAGGAUAAAUAUUCCCCAUCUUCUAGAGGAAGAAGUUGAAUUCACCACUGAUCUUAUUGAUUCCUACCCAGGACAUGAAACCCUUUGGUGUCAUAGGAGGCAUGUUUUCUACCUUCAGCAUUACUUAAGCGGUAGUUUUCCUCACAGUGUGACCCAGUUGUCAACUGCAGACAGCCCUGUAGGGACUUCAAGUGACUUGCACCACAUCCCAACAGGCCCUCGCACGGCUCAGGCAAUGGAAGUGGAUGGAUUGAGUGACUCAAGCAAGCAGGGCUAUUCCCAGGAAACAAAACGCCUGAAGCGGACCCCAGCUCCUGAUUCCGCAGGCCUGGAAAUGGAACACAGGUUCAUCGAUCAAGUAUUGUCCACUUGCCGGAAUGUAGAGCAGGCCAGGUUUGCCAAUGCAUAUAGGAAAUGGCUGGGUACGUUGAGUCAAUGAAAAAGCUGGAGUAUUCCUGCAAGGUUCCCCUUUUAGUGCAAUAUUGCUUUCCUUUCUUAUUUACAUAGCUGCAUGAACUGUCUGCUAUUAUUAGCUAACCAUAUAUUCUUCAUCUUUAGGUUAAAAGUCCAAAAAAGACCUUUCAUUUUAUUUAUUUUGUUAAGAACUGGCAUUCCUUUGGGGACAAAAUAAUUGUGUACUUCUUUCCUGCUAAACAGUGAAUCUUAAUUUUCUUCUUUGAAACUUCUCAUCCUUUCUGUUUCUGUACUUGUUUAUUUCUAAAAGAAGUCGGUUUCUAGGCUUCUCAUUUGGUCCUCCUAGCUGGUUCAACACCUCCACCCACCUCGGUGCAAUUGUGGGAUAGACUAAUUUUUUUU